AUGGCUGAAGAGAAGCGCACUUGGCUACUUCAUGCCUUUGAUUCAGAGUAUUUUGUCUUUUGGAUGGCCAUUAAGUGUUUAACGCGAUAUACUGACCUAAAUAUUCACCAAUUCAUUUGUUUUCGUGCGUACCAAACUAGAUAUAAGGACAUUGCCUUUCAUUUCCCACAACUCAUUCAUCUGAUGUUAGCCGAAGAAGGUCCCGUCUGGACUCGGCCUCUCUUCCGUAUGCUUUAUCGAACAGCCCAAGCUGAACGGCACUUGCCCCUAGCACUUUCCAUGUAUGCCGUAGCUACAGCUGCUUCCCUACCAGAUACAGAUUCUUCCUAUACAGCCGCCAUAGAAGCAGCCGGUUUAUUCAGUCAAAUAGGUCUACCACAUACACCUAGACCUAAAACUGUUCGACGCCCACCUACUCUUUAUCUAGCCUAUCUAAGAAUCACAGCCGGGUCUAAAGUAGGCCUAUCUCCAUCCACUCGAGAUCUACUAACCCAACAAAAGGCCUUUUACAACCUAUCAGAGGUAAUGGUUCGACCUCGGCCUAAACAGCACUGUGCUCUACUGGCCGGCCUAGCUACUCUUCUAUCUGGACUAGUUUUUACUGAUAAGGAUCAACAUGCCUUUUUAACUGAUGCCGCUUGUAGCUUAGCCCCUCGCAAAUCAAGACCUUUGUACUUGAAUAAAGGAGCUUUAGAUCGGGUGCUAGUUAAGUCAGCUGUUUCUUCACGAGAAGCCCAACUAAUCACGAGAUUAAGGAUGGUUUCAGAUACUUUGUUAAGUGUUCCUCGGGCUUCUAGAGAAGCUGCUUUAUCUACAGAGCUAAACCUCCUGAACCUUUUCCUACCGGCCCCAAUUUGUUUUCCUUUAGGUUGUACACGUCAUACUAACUUGUUGCGUUUAUCCGUUGCAGCUUCGCAUGCUUUAGAUUCAGCCGCACGAGCGCCUUUUAUGCUAGUUUAUGAGGCAUCACCAAGCUUACCGCCUAGUGAUAGAUUGGAAGAAGAGCCGGAGAAGACUCAAGCAACUAAGCAAGCAGUCCUAAGAACGGCCAUUAAGAUCUUAGGCGGUCUAAAAGAACUAGGCACCCAUGCUGGAGUAGAUUUAGAUGUUUUAUCAAUCAAAACCCGAGUGAUCAAAAAGAUCUACGGGGUAAGUGCUACACCAGGCCAAGUCAAAGGCCGAACAGGUCAUAUUGACGAAUGGCCACAAACUAUUCGGUCUAUUCAGAGAGAGUCACAGUUUGCUAGUCUACCAGGUUGGUCCGUUCGCUCAGUGAUUGUUAAAACGGGCAGUGAUAUGCGCCAAGAAGUUCUAGCUACCCAAGUCCUACGGACUGUAGCUAAUAUUUGGGCGGCCGAAGGAGUUCCCUUGCUUUUAAGACCUUAUGAGGUCAUUGUAACUGGAGUUGAAUCGGGCUUAAUCGAAACAGUCGUUGGCGCCCGUUCAGUUCAUCAGAUCAAAAAGCUCCUUCAGGCCGAAGGUAAAGGCGCUCUCCUUACCUACUUUGAGCAAGAAUGGCCCAAUACUUUAGAAGAGGCUAAGGAAGGUUUCUUUCUGAGCUUAGUAGGGUAUGCUUUAGUUUCUUACAUCUUACAAGUUAAAGAUAGACAUAAUGGUAAUAUUUUGAUUGAUGCUAGUGGGCGUAUGUUGCAUAUUGAUUUUGGGUUUGUCCUGGGCACGUAUCCUGGGUUCUAUUCAGUUGAGUCGGCACCUUUUAAGUUCUCAGUAGAGUAUGCUGAAGUAAUUGGCCCAGCUCGAAUGGCCCGUUUUCGUGAAGAGUUCUUACGUGGCUAUCUAGCACUACGUAAGCAUAUGGACCAAAUAGUCUCCUUAGUUGAAAGUGUUGAAAAAGGCGGGAGUAUACCUAGUAUUACGGCAGCGGCAACAGAAGGUUUAAGGGCCCGAUUUGUACCCGGUCUAACUGAAGCCGAAUUUCUAGCCCAUGCCGAAGAGACCGUAUCCCGGGGCAUGAAGAGUGUUUUCACCGAGAUAUACGACUCCUUCCAGUACUACACCCAAGGCUACUGUAGAUAA